AUUGCGCCCUCUUGUGGUUGAUUACGGUAACGAUGCGAUACCCGCCACUGCUUACGCGUCUUCCGGUUGUGCAGCAGCCAUUUUGUCUGUUCGGUCUCCCCUGACGGUUUGAACUGCAGUUCCACCUUCAGAAACAAUUUGAAAUGUUGUUGUGGCGUUUUUAUUUCGCGUUAUUCACGACCUGAGCGACCGUAUUAAAUCCGUGUUACGUUCUCACAAGCCGGCGAGGGCCCUCCGCGUCGAGAUACGUCCGUAAAUCGGCGUGAAAAACGCGCGGCGAGCUCAGACAUGUCGUGUGAAGAAAGCUACUUGGCCAUCAUUCGCUAUCUGACCGACGAGCGGGAGCCGUACGCGCCGGGGACGCCCGGCAACACCAAGAGGAAGAUCCGCAAAGCGGCCACCUGCUACGUGGUGAGGAGCGGGACUUUGUUUUAUCAGCGUCGACUGAAGGGGCAGAAUGACUUCACGGAGCUGGAGGUGGUGCUGCAGGACAGCCGGAGGAAGGAACUCAUCAACGAGGCGCACGUUAUGUGCGAAGGAGGGGAGCACCUGAACCAGCAGCUCACCUGGGAGUCCAUCUCUCAGAAGUACUGGUGGAGAGGGAUCCUGAAGCACGUCAAAGACCACAUCAGAGAGUGUGCUCACUGUCAGAGCAGACGGAGUGCUGAUGACGGCUCUGGACCUCGACUGUUCUCCCGGCCGGGGAGACGCAGAGCGGCUGCCAACACGAAUGGCGAGGAGGAGGAGGAGGAGGAAGAGGAGGAAGAAGAGGGGGAUGAUGGUUUAUUCCUCACGGAUCCGUCUUGUCAGCUGAGAUCCAAGCUGGCGAGGACGAUGGCCAAGCACGAGCUGGUCUUUGUGGACAGCAAAGGUGAGGUGAAUCAGUUCCUGCCCAAACACAGCCAAACGAUGUUGGAAAAACUCAACCACCAGCGUCUGAGCAAUCAGUUCUGUGACAUCACCCUGCUGAUUGAAGGAGAGGAGUACCGCGCACACAAAGCCGUGCUGGCAGCCUGCAGCGAAUACUUCCACGAGCUCUUCUUUGAGAAGGGGGCCGCCACCACACAUGAAGCUGUGGUCGACCUCUCUGGUUUCACCAAAGCCAGCUUCCUCCCGCUGCUGGAUUUUGCGUACACCUCCCUGCUCACGUUCAAUUUCUCCAUAAUGGCAGAUAUCGCCAACCUAGCACGGCAUUUGCUGAUGACGGAGGUGCUGCAGAUAUGCGAGUCGGUGCAUAAGCAGGUGGAGGAGCAGAAGCUGACGGUGUAUCAAAGAGGAGACGUGCACACGGUGGUGUCGAGCCAGCCAGCUCCUCAGGGGGACUCAAAGGACGAGUCCGGCGCCUACGUGGUCACCAUACAGGGUGACGGCAGUGCGGUGGUCACCCACGGUGGUGUUGCUGUGACAGGCGAGCCCGUCGCUUUUGUUGCAACUCCUGAAGAGACUUACAUCCAGCAGCCGAUGACUGUCAUCACUGAAGCUGUAGAGGGAGACCAAGAGAAUCACGGGGAGGUCGGACCAAACGAAACUGUGACUCUGAUCACUCACAGCGGACAGGCCGAGCCAGGCGAGACAGUCACACUUAUCUCAGGUGCUGCAGAGGGAAUGGACGGGGAGACGAUGACUGUGGUUACCCACAGCGGACAGGCCGGAGCCAGCGAGUCUCUCGCUGUGGUGUCGGCCUGCCUGGCGAUGGAGGAGCCGCAGAUCGCUGAAGCGGGAGCUUUUGUCAUAAAUGUGGACCCAGACCACGUGAGCCCCCCGGAGGUCGUCAAACUGGCACCCGAAGCGGUGACAUUGCCUCAGGAGAAUGCAGAAUCGGCGCCUCCACCCCAGAAGCGUAAGCGAGGGCGACCAGCCAAGGUGAAGAAGGAGGUGGAGGAGUAUGUGCCACUGGAAGAGGAGGAUCCCUCUGCUGACGAAAGCCACGGAGACAAGCAGGAAAUGACGUCCGACGACCCCAACAAAAGACGACUGAGGCAGCGCUCGAUUGCAGAGGGCGGUUAUGCCCGGUUACACAUGGGGCUGGAGGAUGAGGAAGAGGGGAAGAAAGGUUCAACCCCGCCACGUGCCGCCACCCCUAAGGUGGGUCUGAGGACAGGUAAGAGGGGAAGACCACCAAAGCAGCCAAUAGACACUCAAAGUGACAGACAGUCUGUGUCUGAGUCGGGGGCAGGCUCAGAGUCCAGCGUGGUGGAGACCGUGGCAACAGGAGAGCUCAGCACGGACGAGGCCGGAGUGAAGGUGGCAGAGCCGGAGGCCGGAACCGAGCCGGAUCAAACCACAGCGGAGAGCACUGUCGAUGGAGAGCACACGUGCUCAGAGUGCGGCAUGUCCUUCCAAAGACGCUACUCUCUCAUCAUGCACACAUUAAAACACGAGAAAGCUCGUGGCUACAAGUGCAGCCUGUGCAGUAAAGAGUUCCAGUACGCCGCCUCACUCCGUGCCCACCUGGCCCGACACAAGCAGCAGAGCAGCCAGAGAGCUCCCAUCGUGAAACCCACGGUGGAACAGAGCUCCGAGGGCAAGGCGGAGAGCGAUUUGGACGAUAAGACUUCAUCGCCGCACACCAAAAGAGAAUUCGUGUGCGACAUCUGCGGGAAGACGUUACCGAAGCUCUACUCCCUGCGCAUCCACAUGCUGAACCACACGGGCGUGCGGCCACACUCCUGCAAGGUCUGCGGCAAGACGUUCGCCCACAAACACAGCCUGAAGAUGCACAGAGCUCUGCACGACGUCAGCAAACAGUUCCAGUGUGAAUACUGCAAGAAGUCUUUCGUGAGCAAGCGCAGCAUGGAAGAGCACACCAGCCUCCAUACAGGUGAAUCAAAGUAUCUAUGCAACACAUGUGGAGCAACUUUCCAUCGAGCCUCUGCUUUGAGCAAACACCUGAAGAAGCACCAGCCCAAACCUGACGUCCGUCCGUUCGCUUGUGCUCACUGUGAUAAGAGGUUCUACGAAGCUAAAGAUCUCCAGCAGCACAUGAACAAACACAUGGGCCUGAAGCCGUUCCAGUGCCAGGUGUGCGGGAAGUGCUACAGCUGGAAGAAGGACUGGUACUCCCACGUCAAGUCUCACAGUGUGGCAGAGCCGUUUAAGUGUAACGUGUGCGGGAAGGAGUUCUUCGAGAAGGCGCUGUUCAGGAGGCACGUGAAGAAAGCCACGCACGGGAAGAAAGGCCGAGUGAAGCAGAACCUGGAGAGGGAGUGUGAGCAGUGCGGAAGAAAGUUCACUCAGCUCCGCGAGUACAGACGCCACGUCAACAACCACCAGGGAGUGAAGCCAUUCGAGUGUCUGACUUGUGGUGUUGCCUGGGCUGACGCCCGUUCUCUCAAGCGUCAUGUCCGUACGCACACGGGAGAGCGACCAUACGUGUGCCCCAUGUGCCAGGAAGCCCACAUCGACGCACGCACCCUCCGUAAACACAUGGCCAAGUACCACGGCGACAACCUACCCGGGAAGAUCAUGCUGGAGAAAGACACCCUCCAGUUCCACAAUCAGGGCACCCAGGUGGAGCACGCCGUGAGCAUCCUGGCGUCCGAGCUGCCCCCCGAGCUCCGGCCGGCCCAGCAGCAGACCUCAGAGGAGAUCGAGACAGUGCUGAUCACGGAGGAGACGGUGGAGGCAGUCGAGGCCGUGCAGGCGGCCGAGGCAGCCGCCGACGGCUCGGUGGCAACGCUCUCAGAUCAGGGCAUCAUGCAGGUCGUGAACUACGUCCUGGCUCAGCAGGCGCUCACAGGGACCAAGCUUGAGGAAGGGCCCGAGGUGAUUCAGACCAUGGAGGUGGAGGUCACGCAAGUGGCCGAGGUGGAGUGAGAGCGGGAUUCGAACACAGACUGAUCGCAUUGUUUCUCACAGUCUGUAUAAAGUGUAGCAGAAUGUAAAAAGAUGACUUAUUUUUUUGAGAAUGUAAAUACCGUGAGCGGAGUGUUCGCCAUCUUGUCAGUCCACAACUAUGUUGGAUGAGUUGUGUGUGUGGCACGCAGUCACAGUUCUAUGUAAAUAUCUAGAUAUACAGUAACAAUAUUAUCUGGUAAAUUUGGCACUCAGGAGACAUAAAGGUAGGAAUUUAGACACAACACUCGCUUUGCUAAAUGUAUUUAAUCUUGUCACAUCUCCAGCUGAGAGGCUUUACUGUAGCAGAGCUCUUUACUCCCCCUGGUGUCGGCUUGAAGGAUGAACAAAUAAAAAAUGUCUACAUUUCUUGGUCA